CCGAUCCGACUGCAAGGCUCGGCCCUCAGUCAGUCGCCGCCAAGAAGGCAGUUAGUGUAGUGAAAGUGUGUAGUGGUUGGCGACAUAUAGGCAUGGCAGGAAUCACUCAACACACCAUCAUCUUAUUGAUGGCCAUGUUCCUGCACUCACAUGCAGCCCAACUGCCUCAACCUGUUGCCACCACUAUGGAAGUUGGGCAAGAUGUGCGAAUAGAAUGUAACAGUAAUGACAUCGGUGUUUCCAUCUUCACAAAGUCUGGUGUCUUCAAUGGCAUGAUCUACCCCAAAGGCUUAUCGAAGAACUCAAGUUGCAUGAGUGAAUUCUUUCACCAGCGAAGUCCUGUACACUACAAGUUGCCGUUGCGCUCAUGCAAUACCAUGAGCACUGAAUUGUUUGAAGGAGGAGUUGAAUACUUCAACACAAUCGUAGUGCAACCUCAUAGGAAGUUGGUUACCAACCAAGGGAGAGGGUUCCAUAUUAGCUGCAGAUACCAGACCAGGGACAAAACUAUCACUAAUGAUAUCGAUGUCAGCACUAUGGAACCAACAACACUGUUUGCAACCAUGCCAAUGCCAGGAUGUACAAUGAAAAUAUUUUCUGGCGAUCCUUCUGACCGAGAAGUUGCAGAAAAUGUUAAGAUUGGAGAUCCUUUGACGUUGGUUGUGUCCAUUGAUGACCAAAACAUCUAUGGGCUGAAGGUGUCUGACUGUCUUGUUCGAGACGGACUUGGCUGGGGGGAACAAAGGCUCAUCGAUUCCUAUGGGUGA